AAAGGGGGUGAAAUCCUACCAGUAGCGAUAUAUCUGAUAGCUUCGUCGCCCCUCGGUCGUCGGUCACGACUUAUGAAUGCAAAGCUAGGAAAGCAAUACUCAACUGGCUGCCUAGUACAGACUGAUGCACGCUAGACAAUUGACUUUGCGUUGGCUUUACCUCAGCUCCAUUUGCAUUUUUAGUGAUGUUGACGUGAUCAUGGGAUUUAUCGUGACAUCCAUCCCCGAAACCUUUAUAAAGCAAUUCAAUAUCACAGGUUUUCUCUUGGGUGGAGAGUGAAGGACUUUGAAGAGGGAGGGGGCGAAUGUUUGUUGCAUUCUUGAAUUUGUAAUUGCGACUCGAAUCGCGCACCAGCGGCCUCCUUGUGCGUAUAUUAGCGACUGCAAGGGCUCUCAUCGCCUUAGUACCGAAGAGAGGAAUCGUAUAAGCCUAAUCUGUCGCCCCAAGCGUCAAAACAGCGUCAAGAGAUCCCAGCAAAAACACCCAACUACGAGACUAUGAGCAGUACCAUCACCGCAUCAACUGCGGUCUCUGCUGCCUCCACGACCACCACAUCGUCGUCCUCCACUAGCAACAGCGCGUUGCCGCCCACUAAGCGUCAGAAACUCAACGAAGAAGGCGCGUCCGCUGCUGUGACCGACAGUGACUCGAAGGACGGCGUGCUGGAUGAGUCGGCUACGGAGAACACGGGUGAGAACGCCCAGAAGAGCUAUCCGAAUGUGGCUCUGAGUCUACAGAAAGAUCCGUCGUGGAUGCUGGGAGAUGUCGACAGUUUCGGUGGUCUGGGCCCCAUUCCGUCCAUGAACGCGGUGCUGGAGAAGCGCACGUCAAGUCAGUUCUCCAUCAGCUCGCUGCUGCCCUCGUCCGUGAGUAUCUCGACUACUGGUGUGCCCAGUACAAGUGAUACACGUAUGGAUACCACGACAGCAGAUAGUGCUGAAGCAACUACCGACAAUGAAGGCCAAGGCUCUGCUCCAACUGUCUCUACAACUACUGCAGAGGGAUCUGGUGGCAAUACUAAGUACAUGGACCCCACAACGGGCGACUACAUGUACCCGGACAACGUCAAGCCCAUGAGUUUCUACGAUAAGCAGCGUCUCGUCCAGAAGAUCACGAUGCUUCCUAGUCAAUAUCUGCGUGGCCUCAUGGACGUGAUCAGCAAGUAUCAGCCGGAUACGGUUCGUCAGAUCGAUGACGAUGGCUACGCGUUCGAUUUGGGCCAGAUGAACGAAAAUACGGUGUGGGCUAUCAGCGAUUACGUUAAAGACUCGAUGAUUGAGCUGGAUGGAUACAUUAAAUCGCUCAACCAAACUGGUAUCAGUCUAGCUACCGAUGAAGAUCGACAAGGUGGCACUAUACUGACGGCCACAAGUGCAGCGACUGGCACGUCCAAUAGUAAUACCGUUCGGCACUUGACCAACACUCUGGCGAUGAACACGUCCAAGAUGACAGCCAUCACUAACAAUGAGAACCAGAACAAGUUCCUGGAACAGGUGGAGAUGUAUUCCAAACCGAAGGUAACCAAGUCGCGUGUAAAGCCCAGUAAGAAGCACGAGUGUCCGACGUGCAACAAGCAGUUCCGUGGACGUUCUGAGCUCCAGAACCACAUCCGAACACACACGGGUGAGAAGCCGCUCAAGUGUUCAUAUGCUGGCUGCACGAAGAGAUACGCACACAGCUCGAAUCUGCGCGCUCAUGAACGUACACACGCCGGUAUCAAGCCUUACACAUGCCACUACGACGGUUGCGGGAAGAGUUUUGCGCACUCAGUGUCACUAAAGGAACACAUCUGGAUGCACGCAGGAUUCCAGCCCUAUGUGUGUCCGUACGAGGGAUGCCAGAAGAAGUUUACACAAGUCUCAAAUUUUGCUCGACACAAGAAGACGCACGAGAAGGAGGAGAACGAACAUUCAGUCGAGAGCGAUAAUUAGUCCCCAGUAACACACCGACACACUACCCCGUAGGUAUAUGACAAGCAACAACCCUUGAUAAUAAGCACAACAAACUUUUAGCAUA